UAAAAUCAGCUGAGAAAAGACCGUUUAUCGAUUUUAUGAUCAGCAGCCGCCGUGGUCACACUGGAUUGGAAAGCCCAAAAUCAUAAACAAACGCUGAAUAGCGUUGAGUUGCUAAAUUGCUAAAUACGUUUAAAAGCCAGGCCAUGGCCACGCACUCGGAAGUGGCGUCGCCUCAGAUGACAGAGCAGUUGGACAAUGAAGAAGUUCGGGAAAUACUGAAAAACACCACCGAUCUGCGCCAGUACUCCCGUCAGAUUGAAAAGGAAUUCAAGGAAGUGGAGAAUAAAUCCAUUGAGGAUUACAUCGCCGAGUCCCAGAACAUUGCGAAUCUGCACAAUCAGAUAAACGACUGCGACGAUGUGCUUGAACGUAUGGAGAACAUGCUAAUGAGCUUCCAGAGCGUGCUGAACAACAUCAGCACCGAAAUUACCCAGUUGCAACGGAAAUCCGUCUCCAUGUCGUUGCAGUUGACCAACCGACAGUCGGUGAAGGCACAGCUGUCGCAGUUUAUUGAGGACAUGGCCGUGUCCGAGGAGAUGAUAACCAUCAUCAUGGAGACUCCGGUCACGGAACGUGAUUUCAGCAGUCAACUGAACGUGCUGAAUCACAAGCUGUCCCUGGUGAAGGAGCUCAGCUUCAAGGAGUCCAAGUCCACCAGCGAUGUGAGCGAUGUCCUGCACAAGCUGCGACUGAAGGCCAUGACAAAGAUCCGCAGCUAUCUGCUUGAGCAAAUCUACAAGUUCCGCAAGCCCAUGACCAACUAUCAGAUACCACAGAAUGCCAUGCUCAAGCAUAAAUUCUUCUUCGAAUUCAUUCUGUCCAAUGAGCGGCACGUGGCCCAGGAGAUAUGCAGCGAGUAUAUCGAUACCAUGGGCAAGAUUUACUAUAGUUAUUUUAAGAGUUAUUCCACCCGCUUGACCAGUCUCAAAUUCGAGGAAUCCUGCACCAAGGACGAUCUGAUGGGCAUUGAAGACAAUGCCUCCAAAGGAUUGUUCUCCAAGACCACCAGCCUAAAGCACAAGAGCACCAUCUUUACAAUUGGCAAGCGGGGAGACAUACUUAACCAGCAGCUGGAGGCUCCCAUCAUAGUUCCGCAUGCCCAGCUAAAGAAUCGCUACACAGUAGAGGCUCUGUUUCGUUCCGAGCAAUAUGCGCUGGUGGACAAUGCCUGUCGGGAGUAUCUAUUUGUGACCGAAUUCUUCAUGGUGCGUGGCAGCCAAGCGCAGGAUUUAUUCAAUCAGAUAAUGGGCAAAACUUUGACUCUGAUGAUUAAAACCCUGGAGACGUCCAUACACGACUGCUACGACACCAUAGCCAUGUUUCUUUGCAUCCAUUUGAUAUUCCGCUAUCAACUGAUGUGCCACAAGCGCUGUGUGCCCGCCCUCGAUAAAUAUUGGGACUCGCUGCAAUCGGUUAUCUGGCCACGAUUAGAGCAUGUUUUCCGCCUAAACAUACAGAGCAUCCAUGACUGUGAUCCCACCAAGUUCAACAAGGAGUUGGGACCGCACUAUAUAACCCGACGCUAUGCGGAGUUUAGUGCCGCCAUUGUGGGAAUCUCGGAGCAUUUUCCCAACGAGCUGGUUAGCAGGCUGCUGCUGGAGCUGCAGAAUGAGGUGGAGUGUUUCAUUUUGCGCAUGGCUGCCAUAUUUCCCACCCGCAAGGAUCAGCUCAUUUAUCUCAUUAACAACUAUGACCUGGUCCUGGGCGUGCUGAUGGAGCACACGCGCGACAACUCCAAGGAGGCAGAGGCCUUCCGCGAGCAGCUGAAUGCCCGUAGCAACGAGUAUGUGGAGGAAAUACUGGCCCCGCACUUUGGGGGCAUCAUACAGUUUGUCAAGGAGUGCGAGCACUUUUUUGAGAAGGAGCAGAUGGAUGAGUUGCGCAAGCAGGAGCGUCGCAGCCUUGCUCUGGUGGCCAGCUUCUCGGCCAACUGGAAGAAAUCGCUGGAGGAACUUAAUCGCGAAGUACUUUUGUCAUUCCCCUCGCUGCUGACAGGAUCUCAGCUGCUGCAGCUGGCUCUGGCCAGUCUAGUGCAAUACUAUCAUCGCUUCCACAAGCUCCUCACGCCAAACGCGCGCGCACAGUUGACUAACAUCCAUGUGGUGAUGGUGGAAAUCAAAAAGUACAAGAGUAAUUACUGAGAGGAGGCGCCUUUAAUCAGUGUUGUAUGUAUGUAUGCGUGUUCUAAAAUAUAUAAGUCAAAAUUGUAA